AUGCUGGAGAGCGUGCUUUCCGCUCGCAGAUCCUCGCCGAAAGCGGAGGACGGGGACGGGGACGAUGAGUCGAAGACGAGAAAACACGUCUCGCUUCCGGCCAGGUUCGCGAAGUUCGUGAGCGGAAGCGUCAGGGCCGGAUCCGUGGCGCAGUACAUUGUUCUCUCCGUUGUAAUGCUUUUUCUCGGAUCCGUCUUGUCUCGAUCCCGCAGUUUCGUCUGCGUCGGUCCGAACGAGACCCUGCCCCGAUUGGCCGUAUUCGAGAACAUAGAGGGUCUCGCUUCCGAGUUUGGAUCCCUAGGCGUUCCCUGGUGUAAGUCUCCUCCUCUGACAAUUAUUUUUUGAUUUUCUUCUAUAAUUAUGGCCAAGAUCUGCUUGCAUUUCCUGACAUUUCUGUUUUCUUCGAAGCAUCCUAAUUGGAGUUGGCCAACUUUUUAGAAAAAAAAUCUUUUUAAUCUUCUUGAGAGAGGAUUUUAGUUCUCUUUUUGAAUCUUGGAGGAUAUUUUUUUUCAAGUUGAUUCCGUGUUGGAUGGAAUGACGUUUGUAUUUCUUAUUUUUCCGUUAAACUUUGCAUUCAGAAUUUGGAAUGCUAUCUAAUUAAUUCUCUUCAUUUCCUAAAAAUUGAAAGCGCUCCCUUCUAAUCUCACAGGUGCUUUAUUUAACCUUUUUUCGGUACAUUUUUUUGCGGAUUCUGUGUAGCUGCAGUUCCAUAUUGCCGGCAUUUUUUCUUUGAUGUGCUGACGUAGUCAAAUAAUGUACGUUUUCGUCGAACUGGCAUUAUGUGGCCCAGUAGAACUAUUUUUUACCCUUGUUCUUUUCUUAGUUCUUUUUUUUGGCAAAAGGCAGAUCGAAACAAGGCAGAAAAGUAGACUGGACUACAAAGGACUUGCUUAAGGGAUUGGAAGAGUUUGUACCAAUAUAUGAAGCCCGCCCAAUCAAGAAUAACAUGUUUGGUAUGGGCUUUGAUCAUAGCUUUGGACUCUGGUUCAUGGUCAGGUGGCUGAAACCUGAUAUUAUGAUUGAAAGUGGCGCUUUCAAAGGGCACUCCACCUGGGUACUCCGGCAGGCGAUGCCUGAGACAAGAAUAAUAUCACUUUCUCCUCGUCAUCCAGAGAAGUAUCUGAAGAAGGGCCCUGCAUACGUAGAUGGCAACUGCACAUAUUUCGCUGGUAAAGAUUUUGUUGAUUUUGGUAAUGUGGAUUGGGUUAAAGUGUUGCUGAUGCAUGGAAUUUCAAAUCUUAGUCGGGCGCUUAUCUUCUUUGAUGAUCAUCAGAAUGAACUGAAAAGGUGAGAUAUGUUCACAAAGUGAAAAUUCGUAUUUGGUUGAUGUCAUUUUUGGAAAAUAAUUGUUUUCAAGACUUUAAUUAUCCGUUCUUUCUCUGCUAGGAAAUUGUGUUUUCCUUUUUCACUUAAUCGCAUGUAAUGAAUAUAGUAGAACUUUGCUACAUUUAUCUUUUGUUUCCAUAUUUAACACAAGUAUGAAACCCUGAGCUGAUGACGACGUGUGCCAACUUUUUGUUUUGAAUUCUCUGCUUGCUAGUUGAACAUGUUUACUCAUUUGUCUCCUGUUCUAUAUUUUUGCCUUGGACAGAUUGAAGCAGGCUCUGAAAGCUGGAUUUAGGCAUCUCAUUUUUGAAGAUAACUAUGAUACAGGAACAGGAGACCAUUAUUCACUGAGGCAAAUCUGUGAUCAGUUCUACAUUAGAGGUCAGUGGUUUCCCUUCUCCUUUCUGCGUUUGAGUUGCAACAUGCGCCUGCUUCUCCUUUCGUUCUCUCGAAUUCUUAUUUUCUUUUAGAAAGCAGGUGGUGUGAAGUGGGGGGGCAUUUGAUCCAGUUUUUUCCAUGUUUUCUUUCAUACAUUUUUGCGGACGGACCUACAAUUGCUAUCAUAGAAGUCCAAAGCAACUAGUUUUGCCAGGAUCAUUUUCUAAAGAAUUUUAAAGUAAGAUUCAGAGAUCAAUAAUGGUAAAACUUCUUGAAUAUAUUGAUGGAACAUUGAUAACUGAUAAAGUUAUGGAUCAAAGCGGAGACAAUGGAGCAUUUCACCAUGAUAAAUUAAAAGGCAUGGCACCUGGCCAAAAAAGAUAAGGUACAGGACUUAUUGUCGUGUGUUGACAUUUAGAUUAGCUUUAUUGAUCAGGAUUACCGAAUAACUUUGGAAACGUAGAUCGGAUGAGGCUGGAGUUAAAUGGACAAACAAAAUCAUUCAAAUGGAGAAGAAAAUGUAAAAUCUAAGACUUGCACUUGCAUUAAAACCAUAAAGAUGAAAGGUAGAAAUUUUGAGACCAAGAGUAGCCAUCCAUGAAAACAGAGUUUUGACACUCCAAUUUUUCUUUAGACUGGCCAAUGCCUGCUGCGACUACCAUCCCAUCAUUUGAUGUAAACUCACGAGCAAUAUUUUCACUGCUCCCUCCCAGCAACUAGGGCUCCUCCUAAGUUUUGAAAUCUUGAAAUGUAUAUAUAUAUAUAUAUAUAUGUAUGUUCUAGUUCCCGUUUUUAGAAUAAAAGCCCCCUCGGCGGCUGCAGGUGGCGGGCACAGCUGCUUCAGCGACAGCGACGAAGCGAGGAUAAGAGCGAAGAGGAGGAAGUUCUGGGAGAAGGCGGUUGACACAGACGAGCUCUGCGGCGAGGGAGAGGCCUGGUGGGGCGUUCGAGGGCACAUGCGAGACGACUUCAACCACAGCAGCAAGGCCAUUUCUCUCUCCGAACACUUCCAGAACAGCAGGUUCGUGGAGUCGGUGCUGGACGUCUAUUGGGAGCUCCCCCCUGUGGCGGGGCCCUCCCUCACCCACCAGACCAGGUACGAUCCCGCCCGCGCCACCGACCCCAUCAUAGAAGAAGGCCGGUUCGGCCAGUUCCACAGGCUCGGCCUCACCAGACUCGACUCCACCGUCUUCAACGGCUACACCCAGAUGGUCUACCUACAGGUCUCCUCCUCCCCCACCCCCUCUUAG